ACACUUGACAUUGGCAAAAUACAAUCGUCAAUCACAGUUCCCACUGUUUUUAAAAAUACGAAGCGCGUUGAUGUUUAUUUAUUAAAAAUCAGUAAAUUAUUUCUACAUAUAGUAAUUAAAACAACAUUAUUAAACACCAUGUCGACACCCAAAGUUGAAAAAGAUCUUCAUUUACCACUAUCAAGAGUUAAAACUAUCAUGAAAAGUUCUCCUGAAGUAGACGCGGUUGGCGCCGAACCUUUAUAUUUAGUAACAAAAGUAACUGAAAUGUUCGUAACAGACUUAGCAAAACGGGCAUUCAAAAACAGCAAAAAUAACUUCCUUGAAUACAAACAUAUAGCAGAAGUCGUGCAAGAAGACGACACAUUGGACUUCUUACGUGAGAUCAUACCAAGGAAGAUAACGGUUAGACAAUUUAAGGAGUUAAUGGCGCGAAAAGCGGCAAAAGCAAAUUCUGACGACUCUAGUGAGGAAUCAAGUGAAGAGGAAAGUAGUGAAGAAAGUUCUGAAGAUAACAAUCAAGAAUGACAUUAGGAACUUAGCUAGUAUAUUAUAAUAUUAAGUUAUUUGUUAGUUAUUUAUGAAUUUGUGAUUUAAUGCAACUUGUAACUGAAAUUUGAUUACAUAUGAAGUGUCAGCACUGCAAAGUUGAUGCAUUGGGAAAUCAGUAGUAUUAUGUCUGGAAAUUAACAUUUACCUUGCACUUGAAAAGUAUCUACUUUAUACUCUAUAAUCUGCAAAGAAUAUCUUGUGUUUUCAAUUGAUGAUACAGUCGCAUUCCAGGUCCUGAUUACAAACAAAAAGAUAAAUAGCCGAUUUAACUGAGUUUAUUGUACCUUGCUAGUGCCCAGUAUAAUAACUUUCAAAAGAACUUCUAGCACUGCCUAAAUAUUAAUAUUAGACUUGUAAUGCAGUAGAAUAGAGAGUAAGGCUAUAUAAAUAUAC